AUGAUGUCAUCGGAGGAGGAGACCGAGUGUUUCGCCCUCUACGGAGCAACCACGGAAAGCAAGCAACAGCAACUCCUGAAGAAGCAGAAGCGCACCAGACAGCGCGUGGACGCCGGCGAGCCACGCAACAGCUACUCGAGCAUACCGAACUUUAGCUCCCGGCCAUCCUUCCUCGGCGGUGGUCUGUACGGCUCGAUCUUCAGCGGUAGCGGGCCGACGUCGCAUCAACAGCAACAACAACAACAGCAGCAGCAGCAACAACAACAACAACAGCAACAACAACAACAACAACAACACCAGCAGCAGCAGCAACAAUCACAACAACAACAGCAGCCACAGCUCCAUCAACAUCACCACCAGUCACAGCAGCAACAGCAGGCUGGAGCGGCUGGUAGUCAAGGUCACUUGGGUGCAGCGACGACGGGUCCUACAACCCAAAAGCAUUCCGCCCACUUCGGCUUCUUCGGGGCAUCGGGCUUCGGCCCCGCCAAGAUGCUGAACGAAUUACUCGGACGGCAGGUCAAGCAGGCCAGUGACGCCGGCGGUUCGCCGCCAGAGGGCGGACACGGGAUGACCGGUGCCGGCAUGGAUCCAAAUGCGAACCUCCAACCGGGGGCAGUCGUCAAUUGUGACGACCCCGCCACAGCCGAGUUAACGCAACACAUGCUCCGCGACAUUCUCCAGGGUCGAAAGUUGCCUGCCCUUUCCGUGCAAGAGCAACCAAACAAUAACAACAGUAUACAUAGUAACAAUAAUAAUAAUACCACCGCGGAUAUCCUCAAGUCCCAACAACAGCAUCAGCAAAGUCCCCAACAACAGCAGCAUCAGCAGAAUAGUGAUAGUGUGCGCAGUGGAACAGUGCAGAGUGGCGGAGAGGAAAGUGGUGAUGGCAAUAACGUCCUCGUGAAUAGCACGAACCACAGUGAUCGUGAUACGGUGAUGCCUGCUGACGCGGAGGAUAGCGCCGAGGACGCCGCCUCCACGGCACGUGCCAUGGAGGAGGCAUUCGCCGAGGUAGGCAUCGAGCCCGGUACCAAUCUCGAUGGCUCCGAUUGCGAUCAGAGCUUACCGCCCAGUCCCACGGCUCCGAGGUCGGCCUCGGUAUCGGUUAAGGAGGAAAUUCAGGACUCUUUGAACAUCAAGCGUAGUCCUAGCCAUUCUCCUUGCCCGAUAAUACCUAAAACCGAGACGAGCUCUCCUACAACGGAGUUGAAGCGCGCUCGGGUGGAAAACAUUGUUAGCACGAUGCGCAGUAGCCCUGCGCUUCAGCUUACUCCGGUAAACGGUUGUAAGAAGCGAAAGCUUUAUCAGCCGCAACAACAAACCGUGCACCACGUUCUCCAGCACGGUGUCAAUGACACUAUGAUGGACGACGAGGAGGAAAGCGAGGAAGAGGACGAUCAGUCGACGAUAAAACAAAAACGAAAGCAGAAAGCCUCUCUGAAGAGUCAGCUCAAGAUAAUGCACGAGCAACUCGCGGAGAUGCAAGCAAAGUAUUUGGAACUUUCGAGCAAGGUGGAACACGAUACAAGCGAGAGCAGCGACGCACCCGCCAGUCCGCAGCAACUACCCGAACCACCCCCUAGACCACCGAGACCUCACCCACCGGCGUUCAACGGCCUCCAGACUCUUCCGCCCGACCAUCCGCAUGCCGCGGCAGCCGCCAUGUAUCACAUGAGUCAUAAACUGUACAUCGGACAUCAGCAGUCCGCACUCGAGAGGAUGAAGCAGCAUCAGGAGGCGACCGCGAGACAGCAACAGCAGCAGCAACAACAGCAGCAGCAACAGGUGCAUCAACAGCAGCAGCAGCAACAGCAGCAGCAGCAGCAGCAACAGCAACAGCACCAGCGACAAAGUUCUCCACAGCCGCCUAGUCAAGCGCAGCAACCGAAUCAGAGCAAUACCGGACCGUCCACGCCGCAAACGCCACAACAGCUGACAAGCAGUAGCACGUCCCUGCAACAAAAGGACUUCCAAGAAAGGUUAAACGUCUUCAGGGGCGCAGCUGCGGCGGCAGGUUCCUCGGGGCCACACAUCACCGGUGCGGAUCUCGAAAUUCUGGCGGACAUUCUUAAAACGGAAAUCUCUUCGUCGUUCGCUAAUCUGAUUGACAGUAUAGUCGCGAGGUUUGUUCAACAAAGGAGGAUCGUCGGUAAGCAAAGCGAGGCGGCACAAGUAGCCACCGAACAGCUAAACAAGGAUAUCCUGAUAGCGACUCAAAUGCUCGAAAGGAAAUCGCCAAGGACGAAGGUAGUCGACAGGGGAGCUCCACAACCUACCGGUGGCCCAAACGGGCCACGGGGGCCCCUAACCGGUGGGCCCCCUCCAACGCAACCAACGGCUUUUUCCCAAAUAGGGCCCAUGGCUGGUGGGCACCAUGGUCCUCACUCUGGUCCCACAGAAAAUAAUUUAAAUCAGAUGAAUCAGCUACCCCCACACGUCAGGCCCGUUGGGAUGUUUCAGACACCGAUGCCGCAAAAAAUAUAUGGCAUCGGACCGAUGCAGUCGCAACAGCAACAACAACAGCAGCAACAACAGCAACAACGCGAACAGCAACAGAGGGAGCAGCAACAACGCGAACAAUAUUGUAAUUUGAGGAACGACGAGAGGGAAGUCAGGGAUUCGGAACAGAACGAGGCUCUCUCCCUCGUCAUGACGCCGAAGAAAAGGCGCCAAAAGGUAACCGAUACGAGAAUCACACCAAGGACUGUAUCAAGAAUUCUUGCGCAGGAGGGCAACGGAUCUCAAGGAGGCAGUGAAAGUCCUCCGCCAGCUCCACCACCGAGACCUUACCACGCGCCACCACCAAUGCUGCCAGUGUCCCUGCCAACAAGCGUAGCGAUACCAAACCCGAGCCUUCACGAAAGUCAGGUGUUCUCGCCGUACUCGCCGUUCUUCCCCGGAAUCAACACCCCACGUGGGGGACAUGCAGGCCAGGUACCAGCAGCGGGAUCGCAUCAGUUGCCUGCGAGUCCUCCAAGUGGACGUGUAGAACUCAGGGAUUCUCCUCCACUUUCGCAUGCCCCGGCCAUGUUGCAUCCUGUUUUACUCGCGGCUGCACAACACGGCAGUCCGGAAUAUGGACACCUAAGGAUGGACAACAAUGACCGUGUCAGUGAUUGCAACUCCGGAGACAUCGGCUACGACGGAAUUCAGCCUACAUCGUCGACGCUGACGCCGAUGCAUCUGAGGAAAGCGAAGCUGAUGUUCUUCUGGGUAAGGUACCCGUCUUCGGCCGUCCUCAAGAUGUAUUUCCCCGACAUCAAAUUUAAUAAGAACAAUACAGCGCAGCUGGUCAAGUGGUUCUCCAAUUUCCGGGAAUUCUAUUACAUUCAAAUGGAGAAGUAUGCGAGACAAGCGGUUUCGGAAGGCGUGAAAAACGCCGAAGACCUCCGAGUAGGAGGCGACUCCGAAAUCUAUCGGGUGCUGAACCUACACUACAACCGUAACAACCACAUUGAGGUAUGGGAACCCCAGGUGCCGAGCAACUUCAGGUACGUGGUCGAACAGACGUUAAAGGAAUUUUUCAAAGCGAUCCAGGGUGGUAAGGACUCUGAGCAAAGCUGGAAGAAAUCUAUCUAUAAGGUGAUUUCGAGGCUGGACGACCCUGUACCAGAGUACUUCAAGAGUCCAAACUUCCUGGAGCAGCUUGAAUGAAUCAGGAGGUCGCGUGGCUCUUGCUCUUCGUGGUGCUCGGGGCCACCGACGCUAGACGGUUCCCAGUAAUCAAAAGAACUAAAAGAAAAGGAAGAUUGAAAACGGCCGAGAUGAAGAGGAAGGAUCGCCACCACCAGCAGCGUUGUCGUCAUCGCCGUUCGAGGGACACUCGACUCCCUCGCACGUACACGUUCAGGUAUCCUAAAAUAACAUAUCGAAAAACGAAGCUGAAAUGGCGAGGAGUUAGAACGACGCGUUGUGAGAAAAGAAGGAAGAAGAUGAGCGUCGUGAAAUCCGUCGAAAUCGGGAAAUAAUAUAAAAGCGUACACGGACGAGAUCGACCGACGAAGGAUCAGGCUGUGACCUAAUCGCGAUAUAUCGUAAGAUCGUACGAGGGAAAUCAUUAGGAGAGAAUAAACGAAAAAGAACGAAUACUUAUACAAGAAAAAGUGAGAAAGAGUAUUAGUCGAUUUACUCGACGAAUGACGAGAAACCGCGAGUCAACGAUCGAGCACGAACAAAAUUUUGAAUUUCGAUCGUGCUUGAGACUUUCUUUCGUAGGGUCUGUUUGUUAAUGUAAAAAAAAAAAAAGGAGAUAGAGAGAAACGAAAAAAAAUGCAUUAUUAUUACCCGCCUAACUUUUAAGUCUCUGAUUCUUUCGAAAUCGAUGCGACGAAUAGGAAGUAAGCCUUCGAGGACGGGACUGUAUUCACGGGGAAUGGUGAGUUGUUCUCGCCAUUAUUAAAAGAAAAAAAUAAAAAUAAAAAAAAAAAAGAAAAGAUAAAUUAAAGAAAAGAAAUCACUGCUAUCGAGGAUCGAUAGAUGCGUGGAAUACGUGGACGAAUAUCUCUCGGUGAUCUCGAACAACUCGAUGGAUCAUCUUCUGCUUUUCGAGAAAUACCGGAAGAGGAUCCUUCGACGAUUCACCGAGAAACGAUCCACGACGAAUGGCUCUUUGUUGCCCUUCGUCCUAGAUCGUUUCGACGGUGUGUACUAAAAGCAAGAAGAAAGAGAAAAAAGAAUAAAAAGAAAACAUUAGUAACAAAAAAGAAACUGUGGUCCAAAAAUGUCGAUCCACGUGGUCCACGCUUUUACGCGAUCUUCGGAAAAAAUACCUCAAAAAUGAAAAAUCUUUAUCUCGAUGUAAUGUCGAUGGACGGAGAAAAUUUUUGUUGUUUCGAAAUUUUAUCGUAUCUUCGUCGUCCCCGGGAGUGCAUGCCCGUUCGCGACGCAUCAUCGAAAAGGGCUAAAGGGGUAAAGGGGUGGCUUCUUUUGGGAACUAGCACGUACUACUUUACUUUGACGUACGAGAUGAAACGCAACGCUGAGAUAUUUCUCUUAGAAAAAAAGAAAAAAA